AUGAGAAAUAAGGCAAACAAGGAAAUUGUAGAUCCAAUACUGACAACUUCUUCAACGGUAACGGUAAUGGAAGAGAGUGCUAGUCAAACAAUAAGGGAUGUAGAUCCAGUACCGUUAAACUCUUCAACAGUAUUAAUGGAAGAGAGUGUUAAUCAACCAAUUAAGGAUAUGGAUCCUGUAUCGACUAAUUCUUCGGUAUUAAUGGAGGAGUGUUCUAGUAUAGCAAUACAGGUAACAACGGACUAUGUAAAAAAAAUUCAGUCCAGUGUUCCUUCCUUCAUUGACUCCAAUGCGUCAACGCCGAGAAAAAGAAGAUUAACACGAAUAAUAUCUUCUAAAGAAAAUAUCAUAAAACACCAAAGAAAUCAGAUUAAAAGAAUACAAGCAUAA